AUGAUCUAUUGGGUCAGCGGCAUGGCUGGGACAGGAAAAUCCACCAUCGCCCUCACACUCGCCCGAGCAUACAAACGCGCAUUUGGAAUGGCAGAUGGUAGCCAGGCUAACAUUACCCUGGCUGCGACCUUCUUUUUCUCGAGGGGUGGGGGUGACCUUUCAUCCGCGAGCAGAUUUCCCGCAACAAUCGCUAUCCAGCUCGCUGAGGUUUCGGGACAACUUCGAAAGGUCAUUGCGAGGGCGAUUGAAGACAAUCCUCGCCUUGAAAGCUUGGGUAUACAAGAUCAGUGGGAAAGACUCAUCAUUGAGCCUCUUUCACUCCUUUUCCAACCCACUGCCACAAGCCCAUCGACCCUUCUACUGAUUAUCGAUGCUUUGGAUGAAUGUGAUAGCGCCCAGGACAUUCAGGUCAUCAUGCGGUGCCUUGAACGAGUUACGCAUGCGACAGGCGUGAGAUGCCGUGUAUUUCUCACUAGCAGGCCAGACUUGACAAUUGGGCUUGGGUUCGAUGACAGCGCAUCGCUCUCUAGGGAAAAUUUUGUCUUGCAUGACAUUGAACGAUCGAUCGUCGAUCAAGACCUGAAAAUAUAUUACAGAGACCAGCUCUCCCGCCUGAAGGCGCCAAUACCUCUUGAGGAGAGUACUGUCUCCGAGAUAACAAUACAGAAGCUGGUUGAGCGAUCAAAUGGGCUGUUCAUCCACGCAGCAACCGUGUGCAGAUUUGUGCGGGACGGAGGAUGGCUCGCAGUCGAACGACUGACUCGCUUAGUGGAAACACAGAAAUCCGACAGCGCAGAGCUUGAGCUCGACCGAAUGUACAAGACGGUCCUUGAAUAUUCUUUCGCUUCUGUCACGGAUGGUCUCAACCAGGAAGAGGUGGAAAAGGUCCAUCAACUUUUCCAACGCAUCGUUGGCGCAAUAAUGGUCUCGUUCGAUGCGAUGAGCACCGAGAGUCUGGCAAUGCUUCUUGGAGUAAAAUGGGAGAGUAUAUUCACAACGUUGAGUGCAUUUCACUCGGUCAUAGAUGUUCCGAAGUGCCAACAUGACCCGAUCCGAAUUCUCCACCCGACAUUCCGCGAAUUUCUGCUUGAUCCCAGCCGCCGUGGUGAUAAGUUUCAGUUCAUCCUGGCCAAAGAUGCGCACGGAUAUCUCCUUACUGGAUGUUUUGCCUGUCUGAUGUCCCAGCUCAGACGGAACAUCCUCGACAUCUCAAAACCCGGAGCCAAAGCACAGAAAGUAUCAGCGGGCAAAAUCAACGCGUGCAUUUCAAGAGAACUUCAAUACUCCUCAAGAUACUGGUGGGAUCACUUUCAAAAUAGCGACAACCACUCGCGAACAGAUUCAAGCAUGCAUAGAACCCGAAUGCGCCCUGGGGAGUGA